CGGAAAAAAUGAUUGAUUUGUUGCCGAAGAGGUUGAUUGUGGGUCUAUUGGGAUGUAUUGGCUGUACAUUCCUCUAUGUUUUGCGAUCCAACAUAAGUGUCGCCAUCAUUGCAAUGGUUGAACCAAUUCAAGUGAUCCAUAUGUUCAACAACACCGGCACUCAAACUGAUGGUCCUAAAUACCCAUGGAGCGAAUCGGCACAGGGGCUGGUGUUGGGCGCGUACUUCUACGGCUAUACAGUGACACAGUUUUGCGGCUCAUAUGCGGACAAAUUUGGCGCCAAAUGGAUGACCGGUUUG